AUGCCCAAGCUGUUCCUGCAGGCUGCGGCUUCCGUACUGCUUACGACCGGAUCACUCGACGUCUCCUGUAUAUCAUGUGUCGGACACCCUUUGAAGCCUACACGCCCAGUCGACAGUCAUUCGGUGCUGAUGCACGUCGAAUCGUGCAUUUGUAUGGACGGUCGUCGGUAUGGCACUACGCCAGCUAAGCAGCUACGGCACUAUGGUAGCAGGGCGUCCCUACAACAACAGCAAUCUUCAACAGUAAGCCAGCAAUCUUACAACAGCCCACUGCCACAAACGCAAUGGUCAGACAUCCCUCUGCCUUAUCGACCGAUCGAAUACAACGACCCGGGUCUACAGCAACAUUCCCAUCCUGGUAGCGCUGAGUCGUACAAUUGGCGUCUUCGACCGUCCGUGUCCGGCACAAACCCUCCAGGCUCACUUGCGCCUGAACCGCUAAGAACUCGUCCACGGCCUGGCGGUCUCCGAAGCUUGGUUGAGCGCUCCUCAAGGGUGGCCGAACCACCGCCAGAUACUACCUUUCUUUACCCACAGAUGAGUCCCUACGCCGAUCGCUUCUCCGUAUACGGCGCUCAGGACGAGCCUCCAAUGCGAUCGGUCAGUCAACCCAACACGCCAGCCUAUCAUCAGCACAGCUUCGAGAGCAGUGAGGACAUCCCCAUGCACGUACCUAGAACGCCAACGUACCCACCCACGGGGCGACGACGCAUGCACAGUGCUUCCGGUGUGACUGAUGCCGCUUUCCAAGACGAGCGAGAUUUCCGCCUAUUCGUGGAAGCCACUUCAGGCCUGGGACCCAUCGAUACGUUUCGGGCUUCACACUCAUCCUCAUCUGGCUCUUCGAGACCACGGACGCGGAACAGCCAUGGUAGCGGGAAUGGCAACAGCCACUCAACAAGCCAGCAGCAGGUAUCUCCCAUUGCAGACACGCCAACGACAAUGCAAGCCUACCAGCACCUCGCACAGAUGCCGCAAGCAACACUACCCUCACAACAGCACUUACAGCCAUCCGAGGCUCGCUCAGAGUCAUGGCGCCGCGGGUCGCCCAGUCCUGCUGUCAGCCCAUUGGAGGAGGACUACCCCGACGAUGACGAUGAGCUUCCGGAUUACGCUGCGAGUCAGGCACAGGCGCACGCGGCGCAGAGGGUAGAGGCGUCACGGCGAGCGCAAGAAUUGCAGCGGAGGUGGCAGGAGAGUAGGGGCACCCGGCGGGCGGACUGGGAUUGA